CGGCUUCAAUGUGAUCAGCUUGUGAAUUUGUCACAGUUUUCGCUAUUCUUAAUCGCACACAUCUUAUUGUUUAUCACUUCCUUCGAGAAUCUUAUUGGAUUCUGAAUCUCUGAUUGCGAACAAAGGUUAAUUGAUUUUGAACCAUUUUCUUGGAUUUGGAUUUGAAUUGAGUCAUGUCCUGCAUCUGAGAAAUUGAUCGAAUCUUCGAUUUGAAAUUCCAGAAGAAAGAACUGAAUCGCCUUGAUCUCAUAGUGUAAAACGUGUUUGGGUUAAAAUUGGUGAAUGCAUACAGGACUGCAAGUGGAACGUUUCACGAUGGAGAUUUUCUUCUAAACCAGAAGGGGCUAAAGCUGACGUCAGAUGAUAAGCAAUAGAGGCCUUCUGAUUGCAAAGAGCUUGAUUUUGAAAUCACUGCUGAAGACUUGGAGACUAUGAGAGUCAUCGGCAAAGGCAGCAGUGGAGUUGUACAAUUGGUUAGACACAAAUGGGUUGGCAAGUUAUUUGCUAUGAAGGGUCAUACAAAUGAACAUACAAGAGAAAAUCCGCAAGCAAAUUGUCCAGGAGCUCAAAAUAAACCAAGCAUCGUCUCAGUGUCCACAUGUUGCUGUCUGUUACCAUUCUUUCUAUCACAAUGGAGCCUUUUCCCUUGUGCUCGAAUACAUGGACCGUGGCUCUCUUGUUGAUGUCAUAAGACAAGUGAAGACUAUCCUUGAGCCUUACCUUGCUGUUGUCUGUAAACAGGUUUUGCAGGGCCUUGUGUACCUGCACAACGAAAGACAUGUCAUACACAGAGACAUUAAACCAUCAAACCUUCUUGUGAAUCAUAAAGGAGAUGUGAACAUACAUGACCAUGUCUUUUUUUACUCCUUUACUUUACAGCCUGAGAGGAUAAGUGGAAGCACAUACGACUACAGCAGCGACAUUUGGAGUUUGGGGAUGUCAGUGUUAGAAUGUGCAAUAGGAAGAUUCCCAUACUUGGAAUCUGAAGACCAGCAAAACCCGCCUAGCUUUUAUGAGCUUUUGGCAGCAAUCAUAGAGAGUCCACCACCAACUGCUCCUUCUGUUCAAUUCUCACCUGAAUUUUGCUCCUUUGUAUCAGCCUGCUUACAAAAGGAUCCUCCAGCAAGAGCAUCAUCCUUGGACCUAUUGUCUCAUCCAUUCAUAAAGAAGUUUGAGGACAUGGAUAUUGAUCUCGGGGUACUUGUUGGAACUCUGGAACCACCUGUUAACUGCCUUAGAUAAGUAAGCCCUCCUUUUUCUUCUGCAUUUUGUAUAUGAUAUGAUAAGAUACAUGAUAUGUAAUGUGUCCGAGUGUCGGAAAAGAUUAUUAUUACUUAAUGAACAAAAAUGGAUGAGAUUUUCCCUUUUA